AUGUCUACAAAAGAACGGCUCUCGUUACGAAGUGCUGCGAGGAAUGUGAUUGAAGGCCCGAGACGCCUCACUUCAAAGCCGACACGAGAUGAGGAAAGUGGACCGUCAACGUCAACUUUUAACGAUGCUCCUUGUUUUGAGACUUUUGCCUCCCAUUUGAGCGAGAGCCAAGCUUUGGUGAAGUUCGAGGAAGAUGUACGAGUGGGCGAUUUACUUCUCGUCAAAGUCAAGAGAUUCGACGCGGCUGGUGCUUAUGUAAGACCACUUUGUGCUUUAAAUCGAGUUAAACGCGAUUUGGAGUGGUUAGACAUGCAACUAUUGGCACCACUGUCUCCAAUGCAACGUCGAUUCCAUGUUGGGGAAAAGUUGAUCGUCGACGUAGUAAGCGUCAACCCAAUUCGAAUAACCAUCUUUGAUGCACCCACAGCUGAAUGUAUUCCACCACCAUAUUUCAGCGCUUCACGCGAAGUCGAGGGGACUUCAUUUUGGAAAUGGGUUAGCCGAUUGUCACGAGUUGAGAAUCCGUACUUGGAAGAGCUUCUUCAAAUGCCCAUACGUUCUUCACAUACUUUUCUCGAACUAGAAGGGAUUGAAGAGGAUCAAGUUGAAACGGCCACAAUUUUACGAAAACGUCAAAAUAGAACGAUGGCCCUUGAAAUGGUGGCAAAGGGGGUACAAGCUUUAAAAGACGGAUUUGGUCUCACGGGUGCUGUUCCUCUUUUCAAUAAAGCUCUGGAUUGUCACGCGGAAUGUGUGGAAGCAUUUGUUGCUAGAGGAGCAGCCUAUGCCAACGCGGAAAAACUUGAAGAGGCUGUUGAAGAUCUUGAGAAAGCAUUGAAUUUGAACAAAAACGCCAAGAAUGCUUCGACUUAUCUAUACGAGAUUUUGCUGAAAUUAGCUAACAGAUUAAAAGUCGAAGGUUUACAAGAUGAAGCAGUGGCGAAGCUGACUCGAUGUAUUGAUCUGAAUUCGGAGGACAAAAGAGCACACUCUAUGCUCGAAUCGUUGGGAGUCAAAACUUGGAGUAAUCGAGAUGAUAGAGAUUCUAGUGUGGAAAUUGUUAUUGGGGAGAAUACGCAUGCUUCAAAUGGGAAAAACAAGAGAACUCUUUCACGAGAUGAAGAACCCGAUCUUCAGAAGCGAAGAAAAAAUGAAUUGAUGAAAGAAGAAGAGAAACGAGCAAAUCGAGAAAAAUUACUAGAAUUUGAGCGUCUCAUUGCUGCGAUGAAAGGACAA